GUCUGUCUUUUAUACAUCUAUGGUGAUCUUAUUGGAUUGGACAGACAAAUCUUAUUUGUAUUUGUAAAAAGCAACAAGUUAAAUGUGUUUUUCUCGACGUAGAUACUAAAUUCAUUAUUACAAGUGACAUCUAUUUAUUUCUGUUUCUAGUGUAUAUGAAUAAAAGUUUAACACAUUCAUACUGUUUUAUCAUGUGAAGUAUUUUUAGAAUUGAAACGACUUAUAUCAAAGCCUGAUGUUUGUAGGACAUGAAAGUUUUUCAGUGUGUUGAUACCAAGUGAUAUAGUUUUUUAAUAAAAGUUAUUGUGAUGAACUAUGAGUUUAUGAAAAAUAGUACAAGACAUAUCAAGAAAGUUAAUUGCAAAUUUAUGGUGAGGGUGCUACGGUGAAGGCGGCGGCAUGUGGGGCGGCGCCCGGGUGCUCAUACUCGCGGCGCUGGGCCUACUGGCCGGGCCUUCGCAUGCCACCAAGAAGUUCAACAUCACUAUCGGGUACCUGCCGUCGAUAAAAGGCGAGCUGCGGGACAGGCAGGGUCUCGCUAUCUCCGGAGCAUUGUCUAUGGCCCUCGAGGAGAUCAACAACAGUACAGACAUACUUCCAGAUGUCCAGCUCUUGUUGCAAUGGAACGACACAAAGUUCGAUACGAUUACUGCGACGCGACUGCUCACCGAUAUGAGCUGCUCGGGCGUCGUUGCGUUUUUCGGUCCCGAAGGACGCUGCAACACUGAGGCCAUCAUUGCUAAGUCUCGCAACCUGCCGAUGAUUUCUUAUAAAUGUUCAGAUUACCAAAUUUCAACGCUGUCAACAUUUGCCAGACUAGAGCCUCCGGACACUCAGGCUACAAAAUCAGUAAUAUCGCUGUUGCGCUAUUACCGGUGGAACAAAUUUUCUAUACUGUACGAAGAGCCAUGGGUGACAGUCGCGCUUACUCUAGAGAACCACGCGAAGAGGAACAAUAUGACGGUAAAUCAUCAGCGGCCAGUCAUUGAUGGCUUCAAGUGCUGUGAGGAGAAGCUCACGUGCUGUGCACCCGGCUUUUGGUAUCAAUUUAUACAAGACACCAAGAAUAGAACCCGAAUUUACGUGUUCCUGGGAUCGACGUCGGGUCUCAUUGACAUGAUGACGGCCAUGGAGUCAUUGCAGUUGUUUGUGAAUGGAGAGUACAUGGUCAUAUUUGUUGAUAUGAUGACAUAUUCACCUAAGGAUUCACUGAAAUAUUUAAUAAAAACUGAAGAUCGUGGUGCAUUGAAAAUGGUGUGUCCGGACACGAACGAGUUUCGCAAGCGGUCGCAGUCGCUACUGGUGGUGGUCUCGUCGGAGCCCUCCGGAAGCUAUGAACAGUUUACAGCCAAAGUUCGCCUUUACAACACCCUCAAACCGUUCAAGUUUCCGCUGCCUGCUGUGUUUGAGAAUAAAUUUAAUAAGUUUGUGUCCAUUUAUGCUGCUUAUUUGUACGAUUCUGUGAAAUUGUAUGCGACGGCUUUAGACAAGUUGAUAAGGGAGGACACCAAGAAAGAUGAGCUGACAUAUUCAAAGUUAUUAAGUAUUGCCACAAAUGGAUCUCGUAUAGUUGCUAAAAUGAUCGAGAGCACUCCAUUUAAAAGUGUGUCUGGUAUGUCGAUUCGGCUAGACGAGCGUGCCGACUCUGAGGGAAAUUUUUCAGUAUUGGCUUUCAAACCGACGAAUUUUAGCGACGGAGACAUGAACUGUUCGCACACCAUGAUACCCGUUGGCCACUUCCAGCAGAGCUCCCGACAAUUCCCCGAAUAUAAAUUGUAUCCGCGGCUACAAAUUGACUGGCCGGACAAUGUUAAACCUGAAGAUGAACCGUCCUGUGGCUUCCUCAAUGAGAAAUGUCCCAAAGACGAUUCCCAAAUUACUUCACUAGUGGUAGCUGGCACAUUGGCAGUUACGCUUUUCUGUGCUCUGGUUGUCACCAUCAGCAUAUACCGCAAGUGGAAGAUUGAACAAGAAAUCGAGGGGUUACUGUGGAAGAUUGAUCCCCAUGAAAUAGCGGGAUACCUAGGUAGUGGGCUCGUGUGGUCACCCAGUAAACUGAGUUUAGCAAGUGGUAUGUCAUACGAGAGCAGGUGCUGUACACAAAUUUUUACAACUACAGCACAAUAUAAAGGGAACGUGGUUAGGAUUAAGGAGUUAAAAUUCUCCAAAAAGAAGGACAUCUCCCGUGACGUGAUGAAGGAGAUGCGGCUGUUACGCGAGCUGCGCCACGAUAAUCUCAACUCAUUCAUCGGCGCAGUUGUGGAGCCCGUUCGGGUGUUACUCAUAACUGAUUAUUGUGCCAAAGGAAGCUUGUAUGAUAUAAUUGAAAAUGAAGAUAUAAAGUUAGAUAAGAUGUUUAUAUCGUCAUUGGUUCAUGAUCUCAUAAAGGGUAUGACGUUUAUUCAUACUUCGCCAUUAAUAUUCCAUGGGAAUCUUAAGUCCUCAAAUUGUGUAGUUACAUCCAGGUGGAUGCUACAGGUUACAGAUUUUGGUCUUCACGAAUUGCGUUAUAGUGCUGAAAAUGAAUACAUAGGCGAGCAUCAACAUUAUAGAGGAUUAUUAUGGAAGUCACCAGAAUUACUAAGAGAACUGGAUAAUCCAAAUGGUACCGUUGGUGGUACACAGAAGGGUGAUGUUUAUGCAUUUGGUAUAAUUCUGUAUGAAUUAAUUGCCAGAAGAGGACCUUUUGGUGGAACUCCAUUAGAACCCAAAGAUAUCGUGGAGCGCGUCAAAAGAUCAAAGUUAGACGGCGAAGAAGUGUUCCGUCCCGAUACAAGUAUCAUACAGGACACUACGGAGGACUAUGUGAUUGCUCUCAUGAAGGACUGUUGGGCGGAAGAUCCGAAUCUCAGACCUGAUUUUCCUACAAUAAGAAGCCGCCUUAAGAAAAUGAAAUCUGGCAAAUCACGAAAUAUAAUGGAUCAAAUGAUGGAUAUGAUGGAGAAAUAUGCGAACAACUUAGAAGAACUAGUCACAGAGAGGACGAGGCUGCUGAUAGAAGAGAAACAGAAAACAGAAGAUUUAUUACAUAGAAUGCUACCAAAGUCGGUAGCGCGGCGGCUAACGACAGGCGAGGGCGUAGAGCCGGAGUCUUUUGACUCGGUGACUAUAUACUUUAGCGACAUAGUGGGCUUCACCGCCAUGUCCGCCGAGAGUACGCCGCUGCAGGUCGUCAAUUUUCUCAACGACCUGUAUACAGUUUUCGACAGGGUUAUAAGAGGCUAUGAUGUUUAUAAAGUGGAGACCAUCGGUGAUGCUUACAUGGUGGUAUCAGGAUUGCCUAUAAGAAACAACGAUAGACACGUGGGCGAGAUUGCAUCAAUGGCGCUUGAGUUAUUGAACGCAGUAAAGACUCACAAAAUAUCGCAUAGACCAAAUGAAACUUUAAAAUUAAGAAUAGGAAUACACACUGGAGCUGUGGUAGCAGGAGUAGUUGGGUUGACAAUGCCUAGAUAUUGUUUAUUUGGGGACACAGUAAACACAGCGUCCCGAAUGGAAUCGAACGGGGAACCGUUGCGUAUACACAUAUCACCUAGCUGUAAGCAAGCGCUUGAUAAGAUCGGCGGGUAUAUCGUCGAGCCUAGAGGCACUAUUCCUAUCAAGGGCAAGGGACAAUUACAGACAUACUGGUUGGUUGGCGCUACAGAAAAAGCUAUUCAAAAGAGACAAGUGGAAGGUGAGGAACGGCCUCUAUUCUGCCGACCAAGAAGAAGUCCCAGAUUGGCAGACUCUCGACACCCAUCGGUUUCAGGAGGUGCUGGUGGCGGCGGCAGUGUCGGCGGAGGCGUCAUGCGGCAGCGCGUAGCGAGCGCCACGCGGUCGACGGGCGGCUCGUCGGGUGCGAGGGGUUCCCGCUUGUCGCUCGCGGCCGUGCCUGCCACUGCCUCCGCUGCCGCUCCCAUGUCCGCCGCUGAGGAAGUGCUGACUGCGCGUCGUCCACGCUCCGACCAUACGUCUCGUGCCAGGAACGCGUUGAGUUCGAUCGCGUCGUCGACGGCGGGCGAGGGCUCGGGCUCGGGCUCGGGCUCCGGGUCGGGGUCGGAGCGGUCGGGCGGCGCGCCGCUGCGGGGCGCGCAGUCGCUGGACGUGCUGGCGGCGCGCCGCGAGCCGCGCAUCCGCCGCCACCACACCACGCGCUCGCUCGACGCCGACGUGCCCGUCUCCACCGUCUCCGGCGACCCCGUCUUUAACGGCACCAUCAUCGGCAUCGUCACCGAUGACGCACGCACCGAGGACAGCCCGCUGCUGCGCAACUGCAGUCUCUACAACAAGCUCGACCGCCCCAAGAGGAAGGUGCACGACGCGAACUACAUCGAGUUCUACAAGAAGUGGCGCUCGCUCGAGAACAUCGCCGACGGGAAGGGCGAUCUCCGCAAAAACCCCCGGUUCGCGAUCCGCUCGUGGCUGCUUGGAUUCUUUGGAGGCGGAACCCGCAGUAGUAGCUCGUCGCUGCGACGCGCACCGCCGCUGCUGGACCGCGAGUCUGCGGUGUGACCGCUGUCGCUGGACCGGAAGUCCACCGUGUGACCGCCGACGCUGGAUCGCGAGCCAGCCGUGUGAUUGUCGCAGUUGAACUGCAUUUUAUAAUGGGAUCAUCAUUGCUGGAUCGCGGGCUAGCCGUGUGAUCGUCGCAGUUGGAUUGCGUUUUAUAAUGGGAACAUAAUUUCUGGAUCGCGAACUAGCCGUGUGAUCAUCGCAGUUGGACUGCGUUUUUGUAAUGGGAUCAUCAUUGCUGGAUCGCGAGCUAGCCGUGUGAUCAUCGCAGUUGGACUGCGUUUUUGUAAUAGGAUCAUCAUUGUUGGACCGCGAGUCAGCCGUGUGAUCGUUGCUGGAUCGCGAGUCAGCCAUGCGGUCGUUGCUGAAUCGCGAUUCAGCCGUAAAAUUUCUACCGCUGGAUUGUGAUUCAACUCUUUGAUCGCCGUGGCUGGACCGCGGAUUAAUUAUAUGAUUGUCGUCAUUGAACCGCAUGAAAUCGGUAUGACAGUACAUUGCUUGGCCGCCCAUAGUAACCAGUCGCAGGACCGUUAGUGCGCGAGGCUCUAAGAAAUUCGUGCUUUGUUGGUCUAAAUGUCCUAAUCCAUAUAAAUGUAUAUUAGUUUAUGUGUAUAUGAAAUGAUGUUGUAAAUAUAAUAUGUGUAAGUAAAACGAUGUUACCGUGAAUUGUGAAAUAAGAGUUUAAUGUUAUUAAAUAAUUUCUAUUGAA